AUGUUCGGUCUUAAGCCAUCCAAGGCUGCGCCAUCCAUCUGGUCAUUCGACUCGGGCUACAUUAGCUCCGAGCCGGUACUCGACGAAUCUCUUGCUGUCGAAGUUGACCAGGACCAGACUGCUGCCGUCGAACACUCCACUACAAAUUUCCCCUUCAUUGAGGACUCCAAUGGCGACUUCAAGUCACCAAACUUCUGGAAUGUGCAUGUUGGCGGCGAGCACGUGCGGCUUCAACGAGACCAACAAGUAGCACCCCUUGUCACCAAAGUCAACGUCUUCACGUCCAAGGACUGCUCUCGUACCAAUAGUAUCUUCCUGAAUCAUGGACAGAGCCUCGACGAAAGCCGGACUUGCGUGGCGUGCGAAUUGUGGGCAAUCGCUAACCCGGGCGAGGGUAUUCUCUGUGAGAAAUGUAGCCCACCGGUACCAACAUGUGAAGACGCGAGAACAGAGCUCGCAAUUCCAACGUCGACAAAAUUUCACGACUAUACGAGUUCUUCUCUAGAAAGCCAAUCGCCAAAUCAAAAACCCUCAACGCCAUUCGCGGAGAUUUGCCAAAGCACUGGCGCGAACAGACUUCUAACUUCCCUACCAACGCCAGACCAGUCAUUGGGGAGGGUUCAGAAAGACCAGCGAUGUUCAGCAUGCGAACUGUCCGCUCUGAUGAGCCCCAAACAGCCUACGAAAUGUGCAAGCUGUAUAGAGAUGGAAGUAAAUUCGCGCCCCAGGGAAUCAAAGCCAUGCAAGGUUACGAGGUCCAGAGCUCGCCGGGGAUUCAAGCUUCCCUUAAGCGCCUUGACGAAGCUUCAAGGUUGGCUAGAUGCGAAUCAGCACGACCCUUACCCGAGCGCUGAAACCAAGAAGCAACUGGCUCAGCAAUGCGGCAUCACAGAGAAACAGGUCACGACUUGGUUCACUAACGCAAGAGCUCGCCAAUUGAACCCUAUGGAGACAUGGCUGUCAAGUAACUCUGAGGAUGACGCCUCAUCGGAGAGCGAAGGAUACGAGUCAUACACCCAGGGCCGCCGUUUCACGACCCUCGCAAAUAACAGAAGUGGUGGCAACCAUUCACGACCUGCGCAACCAAGCAAGAUCGACACGUCCCACCCUCGUGCUGAAUCAGUAUCCGAAUCAAGCGCUUUCUCCCCUCAUAGCUCCACCAGAGGACCAUCUCGGCGAGGCAAAAAGAAGAACUACCGAAAGCAAAAUACGACGACAAACAUACCUGAAAACACAGCCUCAACACCCUCACAAGCACCACGGCAUCCCCCCAGUGUAGAGAAUUGGCAGUGUACGUUCUGCCAGAAGACACUUACCCCCAAGUCGUGGCGGCGACACGAGGAAACUCAGCAUCUGCCACGUUCCAGAUGGACCUGCAUGCUCCACGGGCCCCGUCUAAGUUUCUCUCGUGGUAGUACUUCGAGUUGCUGUGCGUUCUGUAUGCAGAAAGAUCCCACGGAGGAGCAUGUCCACUCGUCUCACCGGAUUGGAGUAUGCGCCGCACGGUCACUUCAAGAUCGGACGUACUACAGACCAGAUCACCUGAGGCAGCACGUCAAGAACUUCCACAAUUCGACACUAUUCGACAUUACUGCUGCAAAGUGGAAGAGCUCCGCAGAAGAAUCACAGAACGAUGGCUGGGAUUGUGGUUUCUGUCAUUUGCACUUAUCAGACUGGAACUCCCGCGAGGUUCACAUCGCGGGCCAUUUCCGAGAUGGCAAGACCAUGAAGGACUGGAAUUCAACAGCCACCGUUGAUCACACAGAGUCGCUUCCGACCUUGCAAGCAGUUGAACCGCGCAGGCCUUCUGUACCGACGCCUAUGGAGGAACACUUUUCUGGUGUUACAAUAUCAUCACCGGCAAACAUCCCGUUUACACCUGCAAUGCCUGCGAUGUCUACAAUACCAAACGAAACCUUAGACGGGUUUCUUUUCAGGACUUCUGGUAGCAGGCUAGACAACAAUGCGGCGGACAUUCCAAUGGACGGCUUCCCAGGUACCUUUGGCGACUUGAGCCAGUGGCCGGAAUUGUCAAAUGCAGUCCUCCCUCCAGUUCCGGACGAUAGUAUGAUGUAUGACUAUAACGACUUUGUGACGGAAGACCCACCUUGGAACGGGAUGUAG